AUGGCCGCGCUGAAGAGCGACCCCGACCGCCAGCAUGCAAAGACGGACGCCGACGCCCCUGCCGCCGCCGCUUCCUCGCCCCUGGCCCGCGUCAUGCGCGAGUUCGAAGACCUCGUGCUGCGCUUCGAGGCGGGGCUUCUGCGCUCGCUGGAGCCUGACCACCGCGGGCGGCGUGACCAUGUGAGGCGAGAGGCGUGCAGGCUCGCGGUCGCCGAGCUCGGCACCAGGUACACGAAACUGCAGAUCCGCCGCUCGCUGAGCGCCGCUGAAGCUCAGGGACGGCGUGUCGAGCAGCUGCUGCACGCCGCCCUCGACGCAGGCAGCGCCGACGACGACGCCGCCGACGACCUGCGCGGCAUCCACCAUGGUUACUUCCGCCUGUAUUCGACCGAGCUGUUCGACAUGCUUGGCCAGCCCGUCGACUUACGCCUAGGAACCGUGCGAUUCCACCACUGCCACGCCAGACCCCCGCACACGGCGCGCGAGCCCGACCACGGCCCUGUGUCGCUCGAGCUGGCCCUGGGCUCGUCCUUUUUCGUUGCCGACGCUCUCGAGACACUGCCCUUCCACGCCUUCAAAGUGCCCCAGACGCCCUCCCUGCAGAACCGCGGCAUCCUCAGCAGGAAGCCCGACGACCACGGCGCAUUCCCAGGCUACGACUCCUGGCUGCUGUUCACCUUCCUCGGCAACGGCUGCCUGAAGCUCGAAGUCCCCAUUGAGAUGUGCGCCGAUGUUUACGGCGGUCCCCUCAGAGGACGAGAAAACGAAGAGGUACACUUCUGGGGCGUCUUUGUUGAUGACGACGCACCGUAG